AAUGCCAUCCGCCAUGACAGCUAAUGUCUUUUCCAGCGCUUGACGUUUCGUCGGAACAUGACAUUUUGCAGAUUUAAUUUCACCAAAUGGCAGACUCUUUUUUCGGAUUUCCAACUUCACAUCCAGGAAGCGGAUUCGAUGACGCAAUAGAUUGCCCUCAAGACGAUGACGAAGUGGGUGAGGAGGACGAGUACGAUGCUCUGAAUGACGAAACCUUUGGUGAAGAUGCCACCGACGGUGAUUGGGAGCAGAACCACGAGAAAUUGGCCCAAAUAACUGAGUCAACGCGUCCCUUGGUGAAUGCACCUACCACGAAAAAUGGCCUUGACGUCGACAUCGAGGGGAGCCUGUCCCACCUGGUACUAGACGAGAAGGACGGAAUAGUACCUCGACCAGGAGUAUGGGACAGUCCAACUCUCCCCUUGCAGCCACAACCCCAGGUGCAGCCCCAGCCCCACCUGCAGCCCCCAGUGGCAUUGAAGUUCAUUCACACAGUUGAGGAGCUAGAGCGAGGCCUGAUUCGACCACCCCCAGGCCUGGCGAAGCCUCCAUCAACGAUACAAAACACCCAGGCCCCUAGAAAUGCCAACCAAUUCAUUCUCGAUUAUUCAGGUCUCAAUGACCACUUGCCUGUCAACUUACGUCAAAAUAUCCUCAACGGUUUACCCCCUCGAUUCCCUCCAGGUCUAGCCCCUCCUGGACCCCACUCUGUUAUUCUCCCUCCAAAUAUCCGAUUCCCAAAUCAAAUGCUCCAGAACACACGCCCAAUGCCCCCAAAUCAAUCAAAUCUUCUCAGAUAUCCCAUCCCCCCUCACUUAAUGAUGAAUCAAUGUCAGCCAAUGCACAGCAACUUUGUCGGCAAUUUUCCCCAGCCUCCUAUGCCUAAUCUCCCCCAAUUUCUGCGACCAGAUCACAUUAUCCCACCCUUCGCCAAUUCAACGAAUCAACAACACCCAAAUCAGCACAAUAACCAGAGAAACCAGAAUAGAACACAUGGGAAUGAGCCCCCAGCCUCCAAUCAUCAGCCAUUCUUCAAGAAUAAUCUGUACUGGCAUCAAAAUCGCAAUAAUCAGAAGUACAAUCAGCAUCAUCGUCAUCACCACAAUCAUCAGAAUGAGCUCAAUGACAAUGGCGAAUAUGAUGAGUACUCUGGACUCAUGAGCUCCAGGGAGAAACAAUGGUUGACGAAUAUUCAACUACUCCAGCACAAUACUAAUCAACCUUAUAUCGACGAUUACUAUUUCACUGUGUUCUCGGAGAGACAGAAUAAGAAGAAUCAUAAUCAUGAAGGGAAGGACAAGAAACAGAACAAUAAUGGAUUUGGCAGGGAUUCCAGAGAUAAAGAUGGGCAUGUGCUGACAAAAGUUGUUUAUACACCGACGCAGUUUGAGAAUUCUCUGGGAAAGCUGCAGUGUGGGAGUGUGACUGCUCCGAGGAAGAUCAUUGACAUGGAUGUGGUGCCUAAUGAUCCUCAACAGAAUCCACAGCAGAAGGACAUGAAGAAGACGCGACAGAGGCUUUUAGAGAUCGAGAGAUUGUACACGAUGCAGUUGAAACUGGAGGACCUCAGUAAUCCUCUCGCUCAGGCUGCUGAGCAAGUGGAACAGGCCCAGGAGAAUGAAGCAGAACCAAAGCCUCCCAAGAAGACUGCCCCUGAACUCAUCAAUAUUUUGCUGACUUCCCUCAUUCAACUGCUGCAUGAGGACAAACUCUCCGGCAUUCUGAGUAUUCGGAAGGGGAAGAAUCUUUUGUUGAGAUUUUUACCGUUUUUGAGUGUGACGGAGUAUGGACCUCAACUUGGGGAACUCUGGACUGGGCUGCUUAAGGGACUUGCCAUUGUAGGACGGCGAGAUGCUUAUUUGCUUGUCAAGUUUUUUCCUGAGUUUCAUCGGUGGAUCGAGACUACCAGGGACUUUGGCACAGUGUUGAGAUUGGCUAGAGGAUUCUUGGAUUCUGUCAAUCAAAAUAGCAAAAUUAAUAAUAGCCUCGCUUUUGCCGUGACUAAUAAGUUUGGUGUAUCUGUGAUUGCCUCUCUGCUGGAGCAAGCUGAAAAUCUUUACCCUGAGGACAAAGCAAUGACAUCAGAAUGGUCAACAUUCAUAGUGAGUCUGUCAGAGACAGUUGGCGCAUCGACACCCAGUGUAGCACCCUGUCAACCAAUUGCUGCCAAUACACUUCAUCAGCACCUCAAAAGAAUUGGCAGUCUUAAAACCGAAAGGUAUGAACCACUAGAAUCACUCCUCACAGACGCAAACCCAUCGCGAUAGACUGAUUAUCCUACUGCAACUCUAAAAAUCAACAGUCAUCUUUCAACCUGUUGAAAAUUCAUUCUCCACUUCUGAACGAAUACGAUGGAAGAUUGCUUUCUGUUUUGUGUAAUUUAAAUUCGUCAUUUGUUUUCAUUCUGGGAGUGUAUAUAGAAGUUGCGGUUAUUAUUUGGGGACAAGAGAUGAGGCAUGAAAUUUAUUAGGAUAAAAUGUGUACAUGGAUUGAUUCAUAUGUCUCGUUGCACUGAUUGAAUCUAGAGGGAAAUGGAAAAAGUUUGAGCAAGUACGGAAGAAGUACAACAAUUCAUUAAGAAUAGUCUCAUUUUUUUUGCCUGCUCUAUCGUGACAUUUUGGCACAAUUGAUUAUUAGGUUGAUGCUGCGUUACAAAUAAUUUCACAGUUUUUUACAAUUCUGUGUAAAUAAUUUUCUCCCAUUCAGAUGUCAUUAUGAGUGAAAUUAAUGGACUUUUUCAUUUCGUUGCGAACACUUGUACUGAGGAGGAAUAUUUUCAUUUCUAACGGAUCAUGCAGGAUUGUCAGUUUAUUUGCUGGAAUAUUAUAUUACCUUAUGUACGCUUUUACUUUUGUACAUAUCGUCAGAUUUUUUGUUUCCCUAUUCUAACACGAAAAUCAGAAUAAAAGUAAAAAUGUAAUUAGUUCAAUUUAUCAGUGGUGAAAGUUUCAAUGACUAUUGAUGAAAUCAAUUAUGCUUAUUUGGGAGAAGGAUUGAGAUGAUAUUUCACUUUCACAUUUUCAUAUUAUAUUUUUCGGGUAUUCUGGGAGUGAUAUUGAGUGACGAAUAAUCGAUUGUAAAUACCAAUGAUGUGUUGAAAAAUGAAAUUGGAUGAAAUUUCUUUUUUUUCUUAAUGCCCUAUCUGGUUGCGCUGUAUUCUUCUUAAAAUGUGACCGGGCAAAAUAAAAAUGGAACAAUUGUCUGAAAUCAUAGACGAAGCGUCAUUUAGAUAGUUUUUUUUUCGGACGCUUUGAAUUUUUUCUAUUGAACAAUAAAAUAGACAUUUUUUCAAUUUGCAUUUGAUAUCGCAUUAAACAAAAAUAUAUAUGAUUAAUUAAUUAAAGUAAAUUAAAACAUAUUCUGCGUGAUAAUAAUACGCAUCGGAAUGAUAAUUUUUUUUUUUUAGUGGUAACGUAAAAACACCACCUAAUGAGAACAAAUGAUUAAAUUACGAUUUAAACCUGCCUUAACUCAAACCUAUUUAGUAAUAUGUUAAAAGAUGAAUAGGUGGUUUAGGCAUUGACGUUGAUUAUUAUAAUAUAUUAAAUAUACACGUAAACUAGUUUGAAUAAACUUGAUAACUUUUUUCACUAUGAUUGUUAUCACCGGAAUAUUAUCGAUGGAAAAAGGAAAAAGAAAAAGGAAAAAAAAAUUGAAAUGAUAAAUGGUAACUACGGCAAUCGUGGAGUGCUUUUUAUCGUAAUGCAAUGCUCAAUGCAAGCGUAUCAUUUUUCUCAAUGACGUUUAUGACGACUUGAUUGAUCAUUUCAUUUCUCUUCCAUUAAAAAACAGAAACUAUUAUUUUGAUUGUAUGUGUAAUGUCAGUGGCACUAGAACUAUUCAGCGGAAAAAUUGAAUUUGGUAAUCCAUGUAUACUUGAAUUUAUCGCGUUACAUUAUUAUAUAUUAUAUUUUUUCUAUUAGCAAUAAUUGCUUUCCGAUAUGUUCUUCACAAUUAAUAUUUUUUUAAUCAUUUAUUACGCUCAGAAGAAAAAAAAUCCUCCCCAAAAGAACAGGAAAGGAUGAUUAAUAAAUGCGAUGUACUUUUUCCGUACUCUUUGUAUCAAUAUUGAAUAUGUUUUCUUUCCGGGAAUAAUUGAGAAUGGGGAGAUAUGAGUGAUUGUACAUUGAUAAUGCUGCCGUGGGAUUAAUUAGUGUCCGAAGAACAGCAGUUUUGUCAUUAAUUGUGUAUUGUAUGUACAAAAGAGAAAAGAAAAAUUGAUCAGAUUGAUAAAUUGAAGACGUAAAUAAAUGUUUUGACAUUAUCAUCUACCAUUUGUCUUGUAAAAUUUUCCAAUCCCUCAUGAUGAAGUGAGUAUUUAGAGGAAUAAAUAAAAACAGCACUAGAAUAAUAAAAAUUCCACAUUUAAUAUUAAUUUAUUGAAGACAUAAUCCACAUAUUUAAUCAUUUUGAUCUGAAUUAAGCAACGAAAUAGGGUAUAUAUUAUCCAUUUUAUCUCACAAUUUACCUUAAAAUAAAUUCAUACAUUUUACUGGCUUUUUAAUGAUAUUUUCCAUAAAAAA